ACAGUCAUGUAUUUAUUUUAAUUCUAUCAAUACAAUCUUAAUGAGUCUAUUUCUUAUAUUUAAAUCAGAUACACAUAUAUCAGGUUUAAUAUGUAGUUAUUGACGCGAAUACAUAUUUGUGUUUCAUUUGCUUUCAUACUCUGUUCAUUAAUCCCACCUUUGGACUUCUUGCAACACCGAUUGUGGCAUUUUAUAUUAUCGACUUCUAGAAGAGGUGGAGGACGGGGAGAUAAAAGGGCACGAGAACGCGCGGCGAACGUGACGAAGCCAACUUGAGGUAUACGUUUAAACGUGACGGGGGGACGAUAGGGUGUUGGCCGUACAGGGACGCUUUCAAGCGCGCGUAGCGAACGUUUCGUAACAACGAUGCGUUGAAACAAAAGUGUUUCGCUCGCGUAUCUCAUUGGGAGGUGCGAAAAUUUAUGCGCAAUUGUACGCACGUACACGUAAUGCACGUCUAUACUUGGUCUCUCUCAUUCUUCGUCAAUAAUCGGUAAGGAAAUUAUCGAUCUACGCGGGAACCAACGAGGAACUUUCACUUUUAUCUCGUCUUCGUUCAUCGCAAAACAGCAAAAAGUUUGCCGCGUUUCUUCGUAACGGAAAGUGACAACUUAACGUGACAUUCUCAGCCACACCUGCUGAAUGGCUGUUUGUAGACAACGCGCGUCCGUUGGACGCCUUGUUAUUUUUUGCUAUUUUUAUGAGCUGUUGAUUGUCGUGUUCGCCCAAGACAACAUCGCGCCUGGUAGCCGAUACUACAAUCGUGACGGUGUAUAUGUACCGCAAGAUGCGUCUGGCUACAGGACUUACGUAUAUAAGGACAGAAGGUACGGCUAUCAGCCUAGUUACCUGGAUCCUAUUUACAGAGGACCUACGAGAGCACCCGAGGAUCGGUAUCUUUAUGACGAAACAACAGCAAGGCUCCCAUUACCAGGAAUAUUGAGUGGCUGGCGCGAAGAUCUUCAAGGGAGAGAAAGACCAGAUUCAAAAAAUAUCAGAGAUAGAAGUAUAAUGGUAGUUACAAAUUAUGGUCAAGUUGAAGGCUUCAAAGUUCAGUUGUAUGAUGAUCCAAAUGCAAGGCAUAGGCCUUGGAAUGUGGCAGUGGAAAGAGUCACAAAAAAUGUUAAUGUAUUUUUGGGUAUUCCUUAUGCUAUGCCGCCUAUUAAAGAAGGUCGCUUCAAACCUCCCAGAUCGCACAGAGGAUGGCAACUUAUACAAGCUGUUGAUUGGGGACCAGCUUGUCCCCAGCCUAGUGAAUAUACUGGUGCUACAAAAGGUGUGCGGGAUGUUGAUGAAGAUUGUUUAUAUUUAAAUAUAUUUACACCUUCUGUUAAUUCUGGAUUAGCAAACAAAUAUGCAGUAAUGUUCUAUAUACAUGGCGGUGAGUUUACUCAUGGGGCUAGUAAUUUGUUUCCAGCUCACAUGUUAGCUGCCUUCUAUAAUGUUGUAGUAGUAUCAAUUAAUUAUCGCCUUGGUGCUCUUGGAUUUUUAAGUACUGGAGAUGAGAAUAGCCCUGGAAAUUAUGGAAUUUUUGAUCAAGCAAUGGCAUUGCAAUGGGUAUAUGACAAUAUAGCUGCUUUCAAUGGAAAUCCUGAUUCUAUAACACUUUUUGGACCAGGUGCUGGAGCUGCAAGUGCAGGAAUAUUAAUGAUUGCGCCUAGAACUCGACAUAUGGUAUCGAAAGUAAUUGCGCAAUCAGGUUCAGCUCUAGCUGAUUGGGCAGUGAUAAUAGAUAAGUACCAAGCACAAAAUACAUCUCGGGUAUAUGCACAAAUGCUUGGCUGCAGUAUAGAGAGCAGUUGGAAAUUAGUGCAAUGUCUAAAAGAUGGACGUAGUUUCCUCGAAUUAGGAAAUUCUGAAUUAAAACCACAUGUUGGAAUGUUUCCAUGGGCACCUGUACUAGAUUCCAACUUUACAAUACCUCAAGAUGAUUGGUAUGAGGGUUGGAGGAAAUCUGACUGGCGUCUUUUUACAGAAAUACCGAAAGAGAGUUUUAAAGCUGGUAAAUAUAGAAAGGAUAUAGCUUAUAUGGCUGGUGUCACAACUCAGGAAGCAGCAUAUAUUAUAAAGAAUAAUAUUACAUUAGCAAGAAAUGGAUACAUAAUAAAUUUUGAACUAUUUAAUCAAAGUCUUCAGGAAUUAAUUUUGCGAUAUAAUUACACUUUAAAUCCACAAGGUGUUUAUGAAGCGAUAAAAUAUAGAUACACUUACUGGCCAGAUCCAAUGAAUGUUACACAUAUACGUGAACAGUAUAUAAAUCUCUUAUCAGACUUGCUUUUUGUUGCACCAUUUGAUGAAACAGCAAAGCUUCUUGUGGAGAGGCAUGUACCAACCUAUCUAUAUGUUCUAAAUACAUCGAUAGAAGCGCUCAAUUUACCAGAAUGGGCUAGAGUACCCCAUGAUACAGAACUUCUGUGGCUGACAGGAGCACCAUUUAUGGAUUCUGAAUUUUUCCCACAAAAAUUGAAAUUAAGUCGAGAUAUGUGGACUGACAAUGAUCGUAAUAUGAGUCGUUUUUUCAUGGAAGCAUAUUCUAAUUUUGCAAAAUAUGGAAACCCGACGCCUUCGCAAAUAUUGGGAAUGCAUUUUGAACUUGCUCGUUAUGGUCAAUUACGAUAUCUCAAUAUCAAUACAACGUUUAAUAGCUCUAUUCAAAUAAAUUAUCGUCAAACGGAAAGUGCGUUUUGGUCCAUGUAUUUGCCGACUGUUAUUGGUUAUCUUGUUCCUACAUAUCCUCCUGUUACAGAAUAUUGGUGGGAACCUAAACAGCCACUGCAAAUCGCAUUUUGGUCAAUGUCAACAGCAUGCUUGCUGCUACUUGUACUCUCUGUGGUAUGCUGUAUGCUUUGGCGUAAUGCCAAAAGACAAUCUGAUCACUACUAUAGCGGAGACAUCCUGAUGGUACGAGAGGAUGAGCAUUCCGAGGGAAUCGAGAAUUUAACACGUGCAUCAAAAGAAAAUAUAUACGAGUAUCGUGAUGUACCAAUAAAGUCCAGAAUACCACGUCAGAACGAAGCAAAACUACAAGAACGUUUAGCACAUAACAGAAAAUUUAAUUCUACACCCUCAUUACAUAGCAGUUCUAAUGUCUCAUUGAAAGACAUGAGAUCAGAGGGUUUUGUUACAAGUUCACCUAAUGGUCAGCCUAAGCUAACAAAAACAAUGAGUCAAUCUACACUGCCGAAAGCUAAAAGUAAGACACUUUUAGUACAAGGAGUACCACAAACAGCUGUUUAAUAAUUAAGUUACCAUUAUACAAAUAAUCGAUAAUUAUUUAAUUUAUUUUUUAUAUCUAGAUUUUUAUAAUCGCAUUUUUUUAUAAGAUCAAAUUAUUUGUUCUCACAUACAAUGUCAUAUGAAACUAAUUACAAUUUUUAAAUACUAUUUUCUACAGAGUUCUGAAAAUUACAAAUAAUUUAAUAGACAUAUAUGAGAAAAUACUAUUUUUUUACAAAUUUGACAUACUUA